AUGGAUAAACCAUAUAAGCCGGAUGGGUCAUCGCUGAGUAGCGGCAGUGAUAACAGUGUGAUCAGCGCCGACUCCCCCACGGGCGCCCCAGUUCUCCGGUUUAUGCACAAAGCCUAUGGGGCUCUUGGAGCAUUCAUCGCUCGGCAUGCCGUGGCCACGAUUGUCAUCACAACAAUUAUGACAAUAGUUUUUGGACUUGUCACUUUGAACACAAAGUGCGUAAUCUUCGAUUUCUAGGAAACUUUUUGCUCACUAAAUAUCUAAAAACAUCAUUUUACUGUAAAAGUUAAUUGUUUACAGGAAGGAGAGCGAUCUUCUUGCAUAUGCUCCGAAUGGCGCCCGAAGUCGAGAAGAAUACAAUAUCUAUCAAGAGUUCUUCGAUAAUCAUGGCCAAGGCAUCACAAUGUUCAUCUUGAUCACGCCCAAGGAUAAUGGGACAAUGAUUAGAAAUGAGUAUUUAAAUGCGAGUGUUCAAGUGUUGGAUACGAUUUAUGGAAAGUUCAAAAUGCCCUCAAAGGAUGGGAAGAAGCUCGAGACGUUUCCGGAAUUUUGCAUGGGAUUCUGUCAGCUGAACGAACCGGUUCGACAGUUUUAUGUGAGUUUUCGGGCAUAAUUUGCAAGAAUGGGCCAGAUGAGAUCCCUUGUGUUCUGUGGUGCUGUAACUGCAAGAAUGGGUGAAUAUUACUGCGGUAGCUGAUUAUGACGGAAAUUCUCGUAGAUUUGUGUUUAUUCCAUAAAAGUAACCGGCUUGAUAAAACUAUAGAAACGACUUCAAAGUGUAGAGAAUACAUAGUAAAUGUUUACCGAACCUUGCAAAGAGGUUGUUGCUCACUCAUUGGGAAAUAUUUAUUAGCUGUAGUUUACUGAUCUCUAUUUGUCAUCAGUUCAGAAAUCAAAAAAUGUAUUUUUGUCAGCAUGACAAGCUACGGUUCUUUUUAAAAAACGUACAUCUUCGUUUCUCAAAAGGCCAAACCGUAUUUUACAAUAACACAGAGUGCUUUUAAAAGCCAGUAAAUUAAAUAUAUACUUUGCUUUUCAGAAUGGCUUCCAAAUUCAAAACGCCCUUCAGUCCAAGAACCAAGUGCUAAAUCCGCGAGUAAAUCUGAGCUAUCCAAUAACAUCUAUGUUCAACCGCAAAUUCACAAUACAAGCCAACUUCUUUGGAGUUGAAACCUUCGAUUUGGAGCACAUGGAGAUGUUUUAUGAAAAGAAACAGCCUCUAAUAUCCAAUUUGAAGAACGUUUCUUUGAUCGUUUUACAAGUCAGAGCUGAGAGAAAAGCCUGGUGGAGCGAUGAAGAUAUUGUGAGAUAUGAAACGGAUAUCCCGAAGUUUUUCAAACAGUAAGUUGACACAUUCAAUGCAGUAUAAAAUUGUAAAAUACUCAAAAUUAAAUCCUAACUUUAGAGAGUUCAACUCCUCAUUAAUUAAAGUCCUUGCAAUGUCCCCAAGUUAUGUUGGAAAGGAAGUUGAGCGCGCUGGAAUGAGUCUACAGCCGUUAAUCGCUGUUGGAUUCUUGAUCAUGACGUCAUUUACCGUAGUAACAACGAUUAUGUCAUCACUUUUUGUCCAACAAUACAACUGGCAUAAAAUUACGCUGGCUGUUACGGCCUGUGUGGUGCCACUGAUGUCUGUAUCCACAGCUUUCGGAAUGCUCUUUUCGAUCGGUGUUAGAUUCGGGCCGAUCCUAGCUGUCACUCCGUUGUUGAUUCUGGCUAUUGGUAAGUUGUCUGCAGUUGUCGCAAGGAGUGAUCUAUGCAGCCAAGUUUUUUCUUUCUUUAUGAAGCCAGAAUUUUGAUAGUUUUUGUAGGCACUGGCCAUAAAAUUUCAUAAAAUUCUCAUCAAAAUCUGUGCGUUGCUGCUUUGAAAUUUCCCCUUUAAACCAAUCGUAAAUUCUUCAGGUGUUGACGACUCCUUCUUGAUGCUGCAUGCUUGGCAACGAGUUGUAACUCGAGUCCGCGAAAAGACCAGUGUUGCCAACGACUCCAUCGAAAAGAGAAUUAGCAUGGUAUGUUCCUAUAGCAAGUAAUUCCAUAAAGAAUUCGUAACAUUCUUCUAUACCGUUCCCGAAUCUGUUUAUUAUAUUAUACAUAUUUUAGGUAGUGGCCGAGACCGGCGCUUCGAUCACUUUGAGUGCGGUCACCAACAUUUUUGCCUUUACCGUGGGAGCAUUAACUUCUCCACCGGAGAUUCAGCUGUUCUCCAUUGUAAAUGCCUUUGCUCUUUUCGUUGAUACCGCUUAUUCCUUUACAUUAUACGCCGCAAUCAUGGCAGUUUGUGGGAAAAUGGAGAUGAGAGAAGAGAACGAUAAUUACAGCAGACCGUCAAAGUUUCAGGAAAAGGUUAAGAAGAUAUUCUACACCGUCAUCGACUGGUACAUCAAUAUUCUCGGAAAGAUUUGGAUUAUUGUUCCAGUAUUGACGCUCCUGAUUGGCUAUUGGGGAAUUAGUGCCUAUGUGAGUUGAAUCUUUUGUAAGGGAUUGGCCUAAUGCAGGCAUUAUUCGAAAGAAAUUCGACCCUCGCGCAUCGCUUUGCGCACAACUUUUCUAUUUUUGGAUUUCCUGUCAAUCGAUUUCAGGGUGCCCUAAACAUGGGAAUUGAUCUCAGCUCGGAGAAAUUCUUCCUCAAAGACUCGGAUCUCCUCGAAGUAAGUGUAAAAUACGCUUUGUAGUUUUAUGAUAGAUAGUAUAUAAAUACAUAAAACAUUAUCUUUCAGGCGGACAAACUGAAGCAAAAGUUUGUGAUUCCCCAUUUUACUGCUCCGGCGAUUUUCGUAAACAACCCCGGAAAUCUGAGCGAUAUAAACCGGGUAAAUCGCCUGGAAAGUUUGGUCAAACACAUUGAGUCAAUGCCUGAGGCGAUUGGCGAAGAUUCCACAAAGUUCUUCUUGAGAGAUUACGCGGAUUAUGUGGCGGCCUUUAGUGAUCCUGAUUUCUUUGAGGAAUCUCAUGGGGAUCUGGCCAAGGAUGAGGAAAACAACUGGAAAUUUGAUGCUGAUUUAUUGGAGAAUUUCUUGGCAUGGCCUGAAUAUUCGUAUUGGGGAGGUUUUAUGAAGAGGAAUACGAAUACGACGUAAGAGCGGAUUAUUUUAGAAAUUUUGGCAUGCCUUAACUUUUCAAGCCAAAACUUUGCUAUGUAUAAGCCAAGUACUAAGUUCUGAAAAUUGUGGCUCGUAUUUGGAUAGCACAAUCGAUAUAUUCAAACGUAUUUAAAAAAAAACUCCACUCCAAAAUAUUACAAUUGGAAGUGUAAAACUACGCCUUUUUUCAGAGACGAUCAGCUGAUUUCCAAGUUCUUUUUGACCACCGGAUUUCACGGUGAGCGCCUGAAGCAUUGGUCGCAACGCCACUCGUUAUUGGACGACUGGAGAAAGAGUGUGGAUGCUUUCCCGUAAGUCACCAUUCUCUUACACGGCACCUUCCACAUUUGGUCAUACGUUCAUUCAAAUAAACCAACAUUUUAGUGAAUUCAACGUUUCCAUUUUCUACGACGACGCCCUUUUCCUCGACCUGGUCGAGGUGCUCCCAUCAUGCACUUGGCAAAGUGUUGUGGCCACAUUAAUUUGCAUGGCGUUCGUUUGUUUUGUAUUUUUCGUUGACUCAUUUACCGUGUCGAUGGCCACAAUGGCGAUCUUUUCGAUUUGUUUGGGAGAGAUUGGAUUCCUGCAUUUCUAUGGUAUAACUUUGGAUCCAAUUCUAAUGGCGGCGCUUAUAAUGUCCAUAGGGUUUUCGGUGGAUAUCCCGUGCCAUAUUUGUCAUCAUUAUUAUAAAACAAGUGAGUUGUAGUGUCAUUCAAAGAUAGAAUCAGCUCUUUUUAUAACAUUUACAAAAGAAAUUUUAUUCUUAAUAUAAGGAGUUUGUUGCCUGGAGGUUAUUUGGCCAAAACUGACACUUGGGACUUCUGAAAUGAUUUGUUAUAGAUAGGCCUUGUUGUAGAGGUGUUUAUCGUGCCUAGGGGAGGCUGUAUUUUUCUCAAAUUCAUAUCCCUUCUCUUGCAACGCAAAACCAAAGUUUUCAGAGUUCGAAGAGCAGAUCUACGACAAUGAGAAGACCGUGGUUUACAACCGUCUGAAGCACACCUUAAGUGCCGUCGGAUUCCCCGUGAUGCAAGCCGGAAUCUCCACAAAUCUCUGUGUUUUAUGCUUCCUGGCUGUUCCAAUUUACAUGGGCGAAGUCUUCGUUCUCUGCAUGUUACUCUGUAUUACCCUGGGCAUUCUGCACGGCCUUUUAAUCCUACCGGUCAUCUUCCAUCUACAGGCGAAGAUUAAUGUGUGGAGAGGGAAAAAGUAG